UUUGCAAAAUUCUCAUGGCCACAUGCUUCCAAAUUUUUUAUCUCCUCUAAUAAUCGAAAAAAUAAUUUGCAUCUAAAGCCAUUCCAAGAAAAUAGCACAUUUCUUUACACUUUAAACAAUGUUAACAGUUGGUUUCUAUUUGAUAUAAAGGUUUUAAUUGGCGACAAGCCAAUAGACGACACUUCCGAUCUAUCCGAUGUGGGAUCAGAUUGCGAAGAAGCGAUCCAACCGACCACAACGCAUACGCUAUUAGUUCAAUCGAAAAACAUUAUAGGAGGUGGAGGCGGAGGCAAAGCCAAUGUGGAAGCUACUGAUAAUGGCGAUCUUCUGAGCGAAUCGUCGACGGAUUCUGGUGUCAAGGAAGUGAAUGGGAAAGAGCAAAAAUCGUUCGAUACUGCUGAAGCAUUGAAAACCGAUAUUUCCUUGGAUGAUGAUAACGUUGAAGAUUCCUCCUUCCUGUCAGCUUAUAGUAAUACGGAAAAGGAGGCAGAAUAUACUGAAAGAUUUGCUUCACUACCCAGGCAGAUCUUGAAACCUUGUGAAAGCGAACCAAACUGCAAACCAGCUGAAAUUGAGCCAGUCAAUGCAGAUUCUGAUGAAAAUGGUGAAUCCUACGAAGCCGACAGCGACUUUGAAUUUAUUGGAGGCAGCUACACUAAGAAGGAAAAAGAGAAGUGGAGACAUGCAGUGGAAAUGAAAAACAAUCCCUAUUCCAAGGAAAGCAUUGAGAGCAGGAUAAAAAGGUCCAACAGUGCUGCUGGAUCAAUAUUUGGUCCAGACUACUAUGCCAGACUAGCAAGCAAACCAUCUGGAGGUGGAAGAAAUGCCCAGGUAAACGGUGUCGCUUGGCCUUCAUCCGAACCAUCAAGAUCAAGAACUCCAAGUCCCCCGCCUGCUCUUCCCAAAGCAGCUCCCCCAUCUCGAGCUCAAAUCGUAACCGAAACCAGUCCCUUAUCGGACGUGGUUGAAACUCCGGCAUCAUUUGAAGUUCCUCCGGAGCUUCCAAAAAGCCGCCCCCCUCUUCGGGUAACUGCUGAAGUUGACGGGAUUCAUCAAGCUUUGAAAGCAAUAGUUAUCCCAUUGGAAGAAAUGUCGCAGGCUACUUUCCAUAAUCAUGUCAAAGCGGAGGUUUAUAGGGCAGAAAAUUCUUCCGCAGUAACUUCCGACUCUGAAUUGAGUUUCGUUAACUUUUACGAUGUGGAGCAUUCGCAGAUCGUCAGAAAAUCGAAGAACGAAGACAUUCAUAUACCGAUUAAAGCGACACCGUUGGGAGUUUCAUACAGGCCUAUUGAAGAUGGCAACGAAACUGUCCAUCCUGGUGAGCAACUAGAGAAUGGAUAUGGAGAAGAUCACGUGGCUCGAUCACGGGUUCUGUUCGGUGAAAAUAAAGGGGAAAGCGGAAGUUUCGUAAAAGCUCCUCCAACAGUUAAGGCGCGCAAUUUUGGGCAAGAAAGAGUUGCCCUAAGGAGACAUUUAAGCGAAUCCAGUUUGCUCGACGACUCAUUCGAUGCUCCCCCAAAAGUGAUCCACCCGAAGAAAGAUAAUACGUUGAUUUCCAAAAUCUACAAAGACCCCAAAGUGAGGCUGUUUGCUUUGCACAGCCGAGAAGAAACGCCCUCCAUGGAAGAGACUUAUAAUACAUCAUCCUUUAACAGCCAUCGAAGCGUUGAGGCCAAAGAAAUCCAAAGCGAAACAUCUUCCAUAUACCUAAGCAAAGAGAUAUUGCAUAGCUCUGAUGAUGGCUUAACAUCGGAAUAUGACUCUGGAAAGACUGGAAGAAUAUCAUUCUUCAGCUCUGAGGAAGACCUGCUGUCGCUAAACUCCGAUUCAAGCCAUGUAGUUGAUACAAGAAAUCACGCCAUGGCAUCAGGCGAACCACAUUUCGAUCACUACUACAUGGCCAGUCCUCCUGCAACUCCCAGCACGAAGAAAUUCAUCUACGGAUCUCAGGAGGAUCUUCUCAGCUUGGAAGAAGUAACAUGCAUCCGCCCCAGGAAGGAUAACACUCUAAUUUCCAAGAUAUACCAAGAUCCCAAUGUGCGCAACUUCGCCUUGAAAACGCACAAAAACAAGCUUCCAGACUCACUCUCAUCCAAACCCAAACAGAGGGAAUCGCUCGACCACGCCUUCUCGGUGGAAACUCGUGGAAGAACUUCAAGCCAUGCGUCUAGAGCUGCAAUUAAUUCGUCAUCUUCAGCAGAAAUUAGCCUGGAGAUGCAUCCAGAAGAACAGAAUGCUGAUCCUUCACUUUAUGCCCACCAAGUGGACAAUGUCGAGCAUGAAGCUGUGGACUUGGAUGUGGAAGAAAUAGCGAAACGGCGUGUGGUUCGUCAGGCUUUAGGCAAAUUUCAAAAGUCCGAAAUUGAACCCAGGCAGGUUCAAAUGCAUCGGAAUUCGUCGGUUGAUGAAUCGAAUAGCGUCCGAGUUUCAGUACGGGAGUUGAAGAAUAAGUUCGAAACCAAUGAUAACAAUAAUAAGCCAGUCGUGUCCAGUUUAACAGCCAGAAGUCUGUCGACACAAGUAAAGGCCGCUUUGAAGCGAUGAGGAUCAAGUCGUUGAUGCCAAAUAAAAUCAAGAAAUUAUUAUCUUAAGCAUACUAAAAGGUGCCUUUAAGAGGAGAGUUUUAUUGAAAAAAUGUAUAUUUAUGUUAUUUAAUUUUAUUAGUAAUGAAUAAAGUCAGUUAUUGUAAGUAAAUGUAUAAUUAAAUUUGUUAAAUAAAUAUUAUUUUUUACAUGAAAA